CACUGCAUUUGGAAGAAUUUGUAAAACGCGUAAAUGUUGCAAAAUAUAGCAAGAAUUAAUAAAUGUAUAAUAAAAAAACAUAACCGUAGAUCGUAUUUGCAACCACGAAAAAUGUUUUAAGAGUGUAAGAGUUGUUAAUUAGUGUGCUAUCAUUAGUUGAAUUUGUUUGUAAACACGGCGCCAAGCUUGAAAGCAUCACGUCUAAAAGAUGUUGCCGGCCAAGGAAAAUGUCGAUCUAGAAUGUUUCGUGGUAACGAAACACUCAUGGAAAGGCAAAUACAAACGCAUACUUUCAAUUGGUACUGCUGGUAUCUCCACAUACAAUCCGGACAGAUUUGAUUUAACAAAUCGUUGGCCGUACUCGGAUAUUGUGGCCGCUGCACCCGCACGAACAACAAACAUACCAAAUGAGUUUGUGCUUACAAUAAAAAAAGACAAGAAAUUGGACACGAUCAAACUUUCUUCAGAAUAUCGUAACGACAUACUCAGCUCCAUUUUAAAGUAUUACAAGGAGUUUGCCGAUAAACCUAAGAAUGCUCAGCGCUUCGUUGCGUAUAAAUAUCAUUGGUCUGGAAUCAGCCUGCCAACUGUGUUAGAGGUCACGCCUUGUUCCUUGGACCAAUUGGAUCCGACAACAAAUGAUGUUUUAGCCAGUUACAUGUACAAGGAUAUCGAAGGAAUAAUAGCAGGCAUUUCUGACUAUGAGGGCGGAAUUGUGCUCGCCUAUGGUGGAUUUAGCCGCCUUCAUCUCUUCAAAGCGCUGAACCAUCAUGAGAUCGUGCAGAACAUCGCUCAACGCUCUUUACAGUUUCUGGGAAUCGAAACCAAAAUACUCAAGAGUCAAAUUACUUUGGAGCAGUUUGAGCGACAGCGCUUCGGAAAGUUUAGUGGGGAUCAGUUCCAAACAUCGAUGACUGAAUUCACAGUUCAAAAAAUAACACUACGACAUCCAGAUCCUGUUAAACGAAUUCUUUGCUUAACUGAAAUGACGCUGCUCGAGCGCGAUCCACAAACCUAUAGCGUUUGUACGCUUCGCCCUUUAGCCGAUGUUUUUGCACUGGUGCGUGAUAAGGAUACGUUGCAAAAAUUUAGUAUUGAGUAUAAAAACGGGGUUGUGCGGACCUAUAGCACUAACGAUAGGGAUUCACUGCUCGCCACGGUACUGGACGCAGUCCGUUCCAGUGGUAAUCAAGAUGUGCAUAUACGAAUUGGAAAUACGCCACGAGGCAAACGCUAUGUGCCGUUAAAUAGCUCCGUCGAUGAGGAAACCGAAGCCAAUCUGUUACGUCUGGUCAUCAAUAAUUUUCAAAACCCAGCUAAACGCUAUGAAAUACUGGAACGAUUUAAUGCUAAUGUGCCGCAUAGUGGACUUAAUUAUAGUGUUACUCAGGAUAGUCUGUUCGCGGAAAACAAGGAGAAAUUGAUUCUGGCAGCUUUGCAAGCUUUGGCACAAAAAGAAAUGGAUAAUCCUACAGCCCAGUUAAACAACAUUGAAUUGGAAGCCAUCUUUCAUGCUUUGACACGUUUGUUAGCUAGCAAGGUUGGCUAUGCGGCAUUUACAAAUCUACCGGGUUUUCGUGAAAUCAUCGGCACCAAAAUUGUCGCAGCGCUACGACGCAAAGAUUUGGCAGUUACCUAUUCUGCCAUUGAUAUGAUAAACUCGUUAAUGCACUCUGUGAAUACCGAUCAUGACCUCAAGCAAGAGCAGUUAAACAAAUCUUCCAUUCUAUCGUCCAAAUCGUUUUUGGAGACGUUGCUGAACAUGUGGACAACGCAUGUGAGUCACGGCAGCGGGGCGCUUGUACUGUCCGCCAUGCUGGACUUCAUGACGUUUGCAUUAUGUGUGCCUUACAGCGAGACUACCGAUGGCAAGCAAUUUGAUACAUUGCUUGAGCUAGUUGCUGAUCGCGGACGGUAUCUAUAUAAACUCUUUCAGCAUCCAUCGUUGGCCAUUGUAAAGGGAGCUGGCUUGGUGCUGCGAGCCAUCAUAGAAGAGGGCGAGCUGCAUGUGGCUCAACAAAUGCAGGCCCUUGCCUUAGACGAGGCAGCACUCUGUCGUCAUUUGUUAGUUGCACUCUACACACCCUCCAAUGAUCCGACAUUGGUCACACAUCGUCAAUUAUCUCGUCAUUUGAUUGGCCUGUGGCUCACGGAUAGCGAGGAGGCCAUGGAGCUGUUUAAGCGCAUUUUCCCAGCAGGACUGUUAACUUUCCUAGAAUCUGAAGAUACUGUUCCUGUUAGUGAUGUCGAGGAGGACAAGUUAAAUUUUCGGGAUAAUCUCAAAUUUGCAAUUCAACAUUCCUAUAAAAUGCGCAAGAAUGUGAUAGAAAAGCAUUUGCAGGGUAUUAAGCAUUGGGGCAUGAGUUUAAUUGAGCAACAAGACUCUGCAGCACAGGCUCUCAAAAAUCGACCCGUAGUGCUGCGCAAUAGACGCCAAAAGAAAAAGACCACAGAUGCCAUUGUCAAUUUGCCUUUUUUCUUCUACAAUUUCGCCAAAGAUCAUAGUCUACCAAAUUUAAUUUGGAAUCAUAAGACGCGUGAGGAAUUGCGUAUGUGUUUGGAAAAUGAGUUGCGCCAGUUUUUAAAUGAUCGUGACUUGGCUGGCCAGAUGAUCGUGGCGUGGAACUAUCAAGAAUUCGAGGUCUCCUAUCAAUGUUUGGCCGAUGAAAUCAAGAUUGGAGAUUACUACAUACGACUGAUAUUGGAGAAAGAUGACUGGCCACAGAAUCUUGUUAAGGAUCCCAUUGAGCUCUUCAACGCAUUGUAUCGACGCGUACUCUGCCGCCAGAGAGUGAAUGACGAUCAGAUGACAGUAUUUUCUCUGCAAGCGUUGGCUAAAGUAUACAGGAGGUAUCACAAGGAGAUUGGCAAAUUCAGCGACAUGUCUUACAUCCUACAGCUGAGUGAUCGCUGUCUAUCGCCUUCAAUGCGAGAUGCACUUAUCAACUUGAUAUCUUGCUUGGUGCUCGAGAAAUCCAAUUGCCGUGCUCUGAUCGAUCACGUGCAGUGCCUCGUCGACCUAAUUACACUGGCACAUUUACAUAAGGGUCGUGCACAGCUAAAUACCAAAACAAAUGUUAUUGAAGCUGGUCCCAAUAUGCAGGCGUACGAGGAGAAAGAUUGGUAUUAUAAUAUUGAAAAAGAUGGCCAGAAACCAGAACGGCAGGGUCCCAUAACAUACUCUGAACUGAAGGAGCUAUGGCAAAAGGGAUUAAUCACUCCCAAAACUCGUUGCUGGGCCAUCGGCAUGGAUGGCUGGCGUUCUUUGCAGCAAAUACCACAGCUAAAAUGGUGUCUAAUAGCUAAGGGCACCCCGCUGUAUGAUGAAACGGAACUGGCUUCAAAAAUACUUGAUAUAUUGAUCAAGUGCACAAGUUUCUUUCCAAGCCGCACACAAAAUGGUGAUGCAGUACUGAUACCUGGCCCAAAACUAUCACGUAAACUUUCCGAAUUUAUUUGUUUGCCGCAUGUGGUACAAGUGUGCCUGACUCAUGAUCCAGGCUUGUUAGAGCGCGUUGCAACAUUAUUGUGUCAAAUAAUGGAGGACAAUCCUGAAAUGCCGAAAGUCUAUUUAACCGGCGUUUUUUACUUCAUGCUCAUGUACACGGGCAGCAAUAUUUUGCCCAUUACGCGAUUCCUUAAAAUGACGCACAUGAAACAGGGUUUCAGAAGCGAGGAGACCUCACAGUCCGGUAUUAUGCAUCGCAGCAUAUUAGGCCAAUUGCUGCCAGAAGCUAUGGUUUGCUUCCUUGAGAACUAUAGCGCAGAAAAGUUUGCUGAAAUCUUUUUGGGAGAAUUCGAUACGCCCGAAGCUAUCUGGAGCUCCGAAAUGCGUCGUCUGUUAAUCGAGAAAAUUGCAGCACACAUUGCAGAUUUUACACCGCGCUUACGUGGGCAUACUAUGGCUAGAUAUCCUUAUCUUGCCAUUCCUGUCAUCAGCUAUCCGCAGUUAGAGAAUGAACUUUUCUGCCACAUUUAUUAUUUACGCCAUCUGUGUGAUACGCAAAAGUUUCCGAAUUGGCCCAUCUCUGAUCCUGUUCAGCUGUUGAAACAUACGCUAGAUGCCUGGCGCAAAGAAGUGGAGAAGAAACCACCACAAAUGACUAUACAGCAAGCGUAUCAGGAUCUUGGCAUUGAUCUAAGCAAAACUCCUAAACCCGAUGAAUCGCUAAUACGCAAGAGUUACUAUAAGCUAGCUCAAAUGUAUCAUCCGGACAAAAAUCCUAAUGGGCGUGAGGUAUUCGAGAAAGUCAAUCAGGCCUAUGAAUUUCUGUGCUCGCGUUCCGUGUGGAGUAGCGGUGGACCGGACCCUAACAACAUUGUCUUAAUAUUACGCACGCAGAGCAUUCUUUUUGAGCGGUACCCAGAUGUGCUGCGACCCUAUAAAUAUGCAGGCUAUCCGCAACUCAUUAAAACAAUACGUCUGGAGACGCGUGAUGACGAACUCUUUUCGAAGGAGGCACAACUGCUAACUGCCGCCUCUGAAUUGUGCUACCACACAGUACAUUGCUCGGCCUUGAAUGCGGAGGAGUUACGUCGCGAGGAUGGCAUCGAAGCGUUGCUGGAAGCAUAUACGCGUUGCGUAUCUAUUUUAGGUGUCGAUUCAAAGCCAGACUCAGUGCAUUAUCAGGUUAUUUCAAAUGUAACACGUUGUUUUGAAGUGGCAUGCAAUUUUGAGAAAUGCAAACAAAAAAUUAUCACGCUACCUCAACUGCUAUCGGAUGUUUGCAGAGUUGUCUACUUUAAGCAUACGUUGUCUGUGAGUUUGGUCACUGGGCUAGCAGCCAACAACUAUGAUCUACAAUGCAAUCUGACACGUAAUGGAGUACUCUGGUCGCUGCUACUCUUCAUAUUUGAGUACGAUUACACGCUAGACGAGAGCGGUGUAGAGGCCAGUGACAAAUCUAAUCAGCAACAAGCAGCCAACAACUUGGCAAAAAUGGCUGUAUUGGGAUGCAUCGCCUUGGCCGGUUACAACAUGGAGUUGCGUAACAAACCCAUAACUGGCAGUGAAUCGAAUUCACCGUCGGCUGUUGCCAAGCCCCCACCGGCAAUAAAACCAAAGCCAUCGAGUAACUCGCCAACCACGGCUUACACCCAAAAUGCACAUAAUCCGCUUCAGAACGCCAAUAGUAAGCAGCUGGCCAUUACCUCAAGCGGCGAAGCAACUCAGACACACGCUUUAACCAAACAAGACUCCAGUGUGAGCAGUGACACAACGAACUCAUCACCUACAGACAGCGAGCAAGAGGCCAGGCGGAAUGCCAUACAACAAAAAUAUUAUGUAACGGGCGAGGCGAAGAAUACGCUGGUGAAGCAAGUGUUGGACCGCCUGCUCACGCACUACAUAUCCAAUAAGUUGGCCGGAGAGCGCGAUAGCGAUGUACUCAAGCUGCUUACAGCCAACACACGCAAUCCCUAUCUCAUCUGGGACAAUGGAACACGCGCACAGCUGAAGGAUUUCCUUGAACAGCAGCGGACAGCGUCUGUUAAGGAGACUCCUGAAGACAUCGCACAAGUCUAUGAGCUGGUGGCAAACUUUGAGUUCGAUGCGCACAAAGAUGAGCUUCAAGUUGGUGGCAUAUUUAUACGCAUCUACAAUGAUAUGCCAACUUACCCCAUUAUAGAGCCAAAACAGUUUAUUAUGGACUUGUUGGACUAUUUGAAGCACGCUUAUCAGUUUCUGCAGUUUAGGAGGUCUGGAAAAAAGGCACCUGUUGCAUCCGCCAAUGCCCCCAAAAUGGGUAUUGAUGGCAUACUCACGCCCACGCUGGCACCAAAUCAUCCACAACUUAUGCAGCAAAGUGGAAAAAAAGCCGGCAGCACUUUCGAUGAUGUGCUCAAUGCCUACAAUCGUUCCAAAAGCCGGAAGAAGUUGGAAACGGACGCUUACUCAGAGCAUCAAGUGGCCCAGAAACAAUGCAAAUACGACUUUGAAAACGACUCCCAGUUGGAGCUGCAUAUCACGAUGGUGCUCCGUUCUCUGAUUGCAGUUAUUAAAUCGAACACAGAGGUUGAAAUUCAAUGCAUUGGCAACUUUGAUAUGAUCUUUGGUUUCCUUGCAAAUAACAUAUUUGCUGAUAGUUCCACUGUAAAGGCAGUUGCUUUGGAAGUAGUUGCACUGGUUUCACGAAACAAGGAAUGCGUAUCUGAGGUGGCGUCUUGCGAGGUGCUUGGCAACUAUUUGGUCGCUCUAAAGGAUCCUGAAUUACGUGCAAGCCAAGUUAAAGUGUUGGAGACGCUAUCUGGGUUGAUGAACGUGCAGGAGAUGAUCAAAGAAGCACAAUCUAAAGGCGCUGUUAUCUACUUACUGGACAUGUUCUCUAACUCACGAAAUCCACAAAUACGUGAGAUGUGUGCUGAGAUUUUAGCCAAGAUGACGGCAGAUCGAUUAAGUGGUCCCAAAGUGCGAAUUACGAUAUCAAAAUUCUUGCCAACACUAUUCAUUGAUGCCAUGAUAGAAUCGCCGGCAACAUCGGUGCAAUUAUUUGAGUCAAUACACGAGCAUCCGGAGUUGAUUUGGAACGAUAAUACACGGACAACUGUUUGCGAGGCAGUAGCCGAUACAUGUGAACGAUUCUAUCAGUUGCAAAAGGCGAACGAUCGGCAGGUGUGGAAAGAUCCCGAGAUACUCAAGGAUAUUGUGUCCAACGAGAUUGUUGUCGCUGGUGUCUACCUGCGAUUAUUUGUCAGCAAUCCUGCUUGGACAUUACGCAAACCGAAGCAAUUUUUGUCGGAUCUCCUUGAUUUUGUUGUGGAGCAGAUAAGCAAAAGUUCAUCCGAGAAAGAUGUCUUAGAUCUGUCUACAACUGCUUUAGUAGAGCUCUUGCGCUCACAGCCUAAUCUUGCUGAUGAUAUUCCAGUGUUGGGCCACAUACCAAAAUUAUUCAAUCUGCUUUCGGUACAAUCAAAGAAUACGUUAUCAGUAUUACAUCAACUGUCCCUAUCUGAGUUUUGUGUGAGUGCGAUUGCCCAAACGGAAUGCGUCGCUCCGCUCAAGAGGUGCAUGGAACACCAUCGGGACUGCAUUGAAAAGGCCUGUGAAACACUGAGUCGCCUCUUCAAGCACCAGCAUGACUCAUUAAUCAGCCAAUCUCUGGAGGUUGGUCUUAUACCGUUCCUCCUUGGACUUUUGGACAGUCGCCUGGAAUUCGUUGACAAUCCAUCCGCAAUUAAAGCACAAAUAGUUGCUGCUCUCAAGGGCAUGACACAUAAUCUUAACUAUGGUGAUCGCGUCACGCAAAUACUCCUCAAGCAUCCUGUUUGGGCUGAGUUUAAGGAUCAGCGUCAUGACCUCUUUAUCGCAGAUAGUAAUAUACGUGGCUAUUUGACGGGCAUUAAUCCCACGGCGGGUUACCUUACGGCUGGUCCAACGCAAAAUGUUGAAGUGCUUACCUCACCACCGCCCAUGGAUCGAGAUGAUCCUUCGGCACGUCCACCUGUUGACUAGCGACACCGGUAUAUGCCAGACAAAAUCUACAUAUACGUGUAAGCUAUGAGUUGUAUCGUUUUCCUAGCUUCUUUCAUUUGCACGGCCUCAUUUGCCACGGGAAUUUUAAAUAGAUAUACAUACAUAUAUUAAUUUCCUUUACUGUAUUAAACAUUUACCUAUUUAUAUACACUUACUAUACACUAUUAUGCAGACGCAAACGUCGUCAAUGAAUCAUGUAUCAAACUGUAACAAAGUCUACGAAACGUUUAAUUUUUUAUAUUUAUAUAUAAAUUGUAUAAAAAUUAGUAUAUAGUUACCAAAACACCCAUAUUACAUUACCUAAAGCAUGCAUAAAGUGAUUAUACAUAUUACGUAUUAAAGAUGAUUCAUUAUAAAUGAAACCAAUUAAAUGUGUA